AUGUGUCCUUCUGGCUGUGGCAAGUCUACUCUUCUUGAUGCUUUGGGAGGGAGAUUGAGUUCAAACACAAGGAAAACAGGGAAGAUCUUAAUCAAUGGGCAAAAACAAGCACUGGCAUAUGGAACUUCGGCAUAUGUGACACAAGAUGAUACUUUGAUCACAACUUUAACGGUCAGCGAAGCCGUAUACUACUCAGCUCAGUUGCAAUUGCCAGACUCCAUGGCCAAGGCAGAGAAGAAAGAGAGAGCAGAAAUCACAAUAAGAGAGAUGGGUUUGCAAGAUGCCAUGAACACAAGGAUUGGAGGGUGGGGAUCUAAAGGCCUCAGUGGUGGGCAAAAGAGGAGAGUGAGCAUUUGCAUUGAGCUUCUUACACGCCCAAAUCUUCUCUUCCUCGACGAACCAACAAGUGGCCUUGACAGUGCAGCUUCUUAUUAUGUCAUGAGCAGAAUUGCAAACCUGGAUAAAACUGAUGGAACUCCAAGGACUGUAAUUACAUCCAUCCAUCAACCUAGCUCUGAAGUCUUCCAACUUUUCGACAAUCUUUGCCUUCUGUCGGCCGGAAGAACUGUCUAUUUUGGCCCUGCUUCUGCAGCAAAUCAGUUUUUCUCUUUAUGUGGUUUCCCUUGCCCAACUCUCCAAAAUCCAUCAGAUCACUUCCUUAAGACUAUAAACAAAGAUUUUGAGCAGGACAUUGAACAAGGCAUGGUUGGACACACACCCACAGAAGUAGCGAUUGAUACUCUAAUAAAGUCCUAUAAAGCAUCUGAAACUUAUCAGCAAGUUCAAAGACAAGUAGCUGAACUAUGUAAGCAGGAUGUCGGUGAAGAAUUGGAGAAGAGAAGCCAUGCUGGCUUUCUUACACAAUCUUUCGUACUUACAAGAAGAUCCUUCGUGAACAUGUAUCGAGAUCGAGGCUACUACUGGUUGCGCCUGGCUGUCUACAUUACCAUUGCAUUAGGCUUGGGCACUAUCUAUCAAGAUCUUGGACAUGGUUAUGAAUCAAUUCAGUCAUUAAUUCACAACACGCUGAUCAUGUUUGUAAAUUCAUUUCUAACUUUUAUGGCUAUCGGUGGAUUCCCCUCUUUUGUGGAAGAUAUGAAGGUAUUUGAACGAGAAAGAUUAAACGGGCACUAUGGUGUUUCUUCAUUCGUUUUUGCCAACACAUUUUCCUCUGUGCCCUUCUUGAUAUUGAUUUCAGUGAUUCCUGGCGCCAUAACUUAUUAUGUCGCUGGACUUCACAAAGGAUUUGAACACUUCUUCUACUUUGCUUGUGUGUUAUUUGCUUGCAUGAUGCUGGUUGAGAGCCUGAUGAUGAUAGUUGCUAGCAUUGUGCCCAACUUCCUCAUGGGAAUAAUCGCCGGUGCUGGAAUUCAAGGGCUUAUGAUUCUGUGCGGCGGUUUCUUCCGACUACCAAACGAUAUUCCCAAGCCUAUGUGGAAGUUCCCAUUGUACUACAUUGCGUUCCACAAGUAUGCAUACCAAGGACUGUUUAAAAAUGAAUUCAUAGGCACGACAUUUCCUAGCAGUGAUCAAGGAGGAAAAACAUCCAGUGUCAGUGGGGAAUAUAUUCUGAGAGAUAAAUGGGAAGUCGAAAUGGGUUACUCUAAGUGGGUUGAUCUUGCAAUCUUGGUAGGGAUGAUUCUUCUGUAUCGAGUUUUGUUCUUGGUUAUCAUAAAGGCCACAGAGAAAGUGAAGACUAUUACAACUCUUUUUGCAAUGCCUCUCAAUAAGCGAAGCAUGCAAGUAUUGGUCAAUCCGUCCUCUACGCCUAUGCAUGGAGGGGAAUCUGUAGUGGUAGUAUAG